AGAGACUAUCAGUGUCCAACAUGAUCGGCAGCGCAUUCUACAUUUACUGACUUGACAUUUGUUGAACUUCUGAUGCGACUUCCGUCCACUUACAUGAAGCUGCGCUGAGUUGCACAGAUUCAUCAUGUCAGACAACCAACGACCUAGAGGCCUCCUGUUCGACAUCGGAGGAGUGUGUGUCCUCUCCCCCUUCCAGGCCAUUCUGGACUACGAACUUGCCCACAACAUCCCCCCAGGAUGGGUGAACUUCAGCAUCUCGCGUACUGCGCCCAACGGCAGCUGGCACCGACUAGAACGAGGGGAUAUCAAGAUGGACGCCGACUUCUUUGCCGGGUUCCAGAAUGACCUACAGAACCCGAGUCUCUGGAAGCAAUUCCAGGAGAAGAUCCGGGACAAGAACCCGACCGGGACGCAGUCGCCCACCCCUCCGGUGCCUAAGAUCGAUGCCGAGUUUCUGUUCUGGGAGAUGAUGAGGGUAUCGCGAACGCCGGACCCUCAUAUGUUUCCGGCCUUGAAGAGACUGAAGGAGUCAGGGCAAUUCAUCUUGGGGGCUCUGUCGAACACCGUCAUCUUUCCAGACGGACAUCCGUACAAUCGUGAUCUCGACGAGAGGAAAAGCCAGUUUGACUUUUUCAUAUCAUCGGCACAUACAGGCCUUCGGAAGCCGGACCAGAAGAUCUAUGAAGCUGCACUGCGGGAUAUGAAUCGAAUCGCCAAGGAGAAGGGUCAAGGCGAGGUGCACGCAGUGGAUGUGGUCUUCCUCGAUGACAUAGGGGAGAACUUGAAGGGUGCAAAGAAGGCAGGGAUGAGGACUUUGAAGGUGAAUCUUGGGCGAACGCAAGAUGCUGUUCGAGAGCUGGAGAAGAUGACUGGUCUCCAGUUACAAGCAGGUUCAGAUAAGGCGCGACUAUAGAGGCUGGUUUGACCUGCGGUUGUUGCCAACACUUUUAAUUAUUACUGCAAGUAUAAUCUUCUGUGGUAGAGUUUCGAGGUAAUUUAUUUGUCAAGAUUUGUUAGAGUAGACUCUACAAUC